UUGAUGGAUUCCUUACCAUUGAAAGUAUUUGCAAACAGUUUAGAUAUUUAUAAAGUGUGCUCAGCAACUAAUAACAUUUAGUCAGUUAACGUUCUAGACAACACAUCGCAAUGCUUACUGUGCUUUUCAUAGUAAUACUGGUAGUUAUAGUUGUAUUAGCAAUUGGCCUUUACCAGAAAUCAACUAACGCGAUAUGCCUAUCGAAAAAGAGACUAGAUGGAAAGACGGUCAUAGUUACAGGAGGGACGACGGGAAUGGGCCUAAGAAUAGCGACAGAUUUAGCAGAAAGAGGAGCUCGAGUUAUUAUAGCCUGCCCCUUUGAAGAUGAAGGAGAAACAGCCAAAAAAGAGAUUAUCAAAAUAACAGAAAACGAGCAAGUUGUGUUCAAAUUACUAGAUUUAUCUUCAAUAGCUUCAAUUAGAAAGUUCGUUAAUCAAAUCUAUGAAACAGAAAAUAGAUUGGAUAUAUUGAUGAAUAAUGCGGGAAUCGGUGCUGUUGACGAAUUCAUCACGAAGGAUGGGAUGAGUUUCAUAAUGCAAGUGAACUAUUUUGGUCAAUUCUUGCUGACAAUACUGUUGCUGCCUUUAUUGAAGAAAAACGCUACGAACUUGGACCCUGCAAGGAUUGUGAAUACUUCAUCGGUUUUACAUCUUUUAGGAACAGUGAAUUUUGAUAGAUUGAAUAACGUAAAGUAUUGGUAUCCGGUACUUUUUUAUGCGAAUAGCAAAAUGUGUGUAGUGUUAUUCACUCAUGAACUAGCGAGGAGAUUGAAAGGAGUUAAUGUUGUAGUGAACAGUGUGGAUCCAGGAGUGGUCGGAACUGGUAUAUAUGGUUGUAUGGGGAAAAUUGUCGGCGGUUUCAUAACCUUGGUGGCUUUCAUGUUUUCGAAAACCCCGUGGGAAGGCGCGCAGACUGCGUUAUAUGUCGCUCUGGACAAGGAGGCUGGAAUGGUCAGCGGCCAGUUUUUCAGAAACUGUAAAUUAUCUCGUGCUAAAAAGGCUGGCUAUGAUGAUGAAACUGCUAAAAAAUUGUGGGAAGAAUCUGUGAGACUGGUCGGAUUAAGUGAUAUGGAAGUUAAGCAAUGUAUUUAUAGUUAAAUUUAGUUUGAAAUAAAAUAAUAAAUCUCUCAGA